GCGUUUCUCCAAAGCCCUUCAGUGUAGGACUUCACCCCUAAGUUAUACGAUAACAAACCAUCAUCUUUCUGUUUAAUUUUAUUGCACCUAAGCCAGCUACUGAUUCUAGCCACUAGCAUCGCCUCACUGUUACCCGAGCCCAGAUGGCGAACUCAUUGCCACGCUCUUACCAUCAAGUAUUGUUGUACGAGCUAUCAAGUCCUUAGACGUCCUACGAAGCAUCAAACUACCACUAGAUCUCACGGGCGGUGUAUCAAAUUUCAUUUGGUCGCCUUCCUCCACACGACUCUUAGUGGCUGUUGUCGAUCAGAUACAUGUAUUUUCGGUCCGAGACGGCAAUUUUCAUGGAACCGUUAGGACUCCUUCUUCAGCCACCAAGCCUACCUUCGUCGAUUUUGGAGUUACCGAUCACGAGAUUUGCAUUUGGUCGCCUUUCGGCAUCAAGCUAACCAUUAUCAAUUUUGCAAGCUCAAAAGCAGUAGAAAUCGCUAACCCCAAAUUUUACAAUGCCGCCUCUGCGACGAAGGGAUACUCCUUUCGGGCGAGCUCGUAUCACCUUGCGUUGCUCACAAGGUCUUCCGGCAAGGACAUGAUUAGCAUACACUCCCCAGAAACGAGGGACAUUGAGCGGUCCUGGUAUCCUGACACCAUCGAUGCCCAAGGACUAGCUUGGACUCCAGACGGGAGGUGGUUGGUGGUGUGGGAAUCAUCUGCCCAAGCCCCCAGGGUCCUUUUCUACACUUCUGACGGCCACAUUUUUAAGGAUUGGAGAGGUUCCCCCCCAUACCAAUCUCAGGACAUGGGCCUUCAAUAUAGUGCAGGUGUUAAACUAGUCACUCUGAGCCCAGAUGGACGACGUGUCGCAAUUGCUAACGGUUCUACUUGCACAUGCAUCCUCAACACCCCAUCCAUGGUGGAAGCCAUGCGGCUCCGGCAUCCUCAGGUUGUCCAACCGAAAGAUACAUUACAAAUCUGGCAAGAGCAAAAUACAUUUCCAAAGACCGGAUCGUUCUCGUCGCCAGUAUUCGUCAAAGCCACCCAGAUGGUGACCCCCGAAUGGACAGCAUUGAAUGGCCUUCAGGAACCUGUGUCAGGGUGUAAUUUUGCCAAAUUCGACUGCUCUUCGUCCCUCCUGGCCACGAGGCUGGAAGAUGCACCAGGUACGAUCUGGAUCUGGGAUAUUUCUAGUUCCGAUCUUCGGGCGGUGCUAAUGUAUCAUUCUAAUGUAACAAAACUAGAAUGGCACCCUAUGCAGCCCGAGCACCUCCUCAUGAGGUGUGAGGGUGAUAGCUACGGCAGUCUCGUGUUCGCCUGGGAUCCUUUAAGCCACGGCCCGCGCUCGGUUGACUUAGCACACCGACUUCCAGGCGCGACUAGUAGCAAGACGUACGCCACAUGGCUGGGAGCAACAUCAGAAUCUCCUGCAUUUUUCUUUAGUGACAGCGCAACCUGCAUAAUGGUUUCACUUGCAGAUUCCGAUGGAGAAAUCCUUCCCUGGCGAGGUGCUUCUGCACCCAUUAACACCAUCAGCCAUAGGGACAAUAUGGGCAUGCAGUCAUCACUAAGGCCCGCAUCACCUUUAGAGGAUGCUGAAGACAGCAUUUUAAUUGACAUGGACGAUGAUACUAGCGAGCCAGAUGAUACAUUCCAGUUCAUUACGCACUAAACGCACUAAGCUGUACAAAUCUUCUAUCAUAUCUCAAACAAAUGAGAUAUUAGACAGGAUACCCGGAGCCGUAGGAUUAUGGCUUUUUAGCUUAGUUCCGAAGGCAAUGGCAACCAUUCCGAAUGCAAGAAUAGUCAUCCAGUCACUUCGAAGAUGCAAGGUACCUCCGGAUAUUCGUACUGUUUGCGUGGCGAUCAGUUCAAAUCUGCUACUGAGAUUCGGCUGAACCGCAAAUGAUUCGGUAAUCAUCGUUGUUUCGAAAUGAAAUUGCCGUUGGGAAUACGUCUGCCAAGUCAAUAGCUUAGCUACCUCUUAGGUACCCAAGAUUGGAGAUGGUGGGCGGCUUAAGUUACGCAACAGCCAACAACGGGCAGCAGGCAGCAGGCAUAACCCUUGCGCUGUGUCACCCCAUGCAAGAAAACGUUCUUGGAGAGGCAAUUUACUUCGAGAUGUUUGCCAAGCGGGUAUUCGAUCCAACUUGCCGCUAGUAAGUAGCAACAUUGUACUAUGUAGGAGAAUUCCAUAAGUCACCGCUCAAGAAGAGCCCAAUAGCUAACGAGCAUUGAAAGCCAUGCGAAAAAAGCCACCUCUA